UCAGAGAGACACAGAGAGAGAGAGAGAGAGUGUGUGUAUCUGUGUGUGUGUGAGUGAGAGAGUGUGUGAGACCACGUCCUUGCAAUGCGGUCGCUGGAGAGAUUCAGUCGGCUCUAGUUCAAUAGAUUUCCGACACACGAGUGAUUCACAGCUCGGGGUCUCUCUGUGUGUGAAACAGGAACCCGUUCUCUCUCUAUUUAUUGUUUUUUUAUGGUUUGUAGCUGUAAUAGCUGUAUGUGUGCAGUGUCUUACCGACAGUAUGGAUUUUAGCCUGACUUAGCUCGAGUGCUCCUCAGACCCGUCUGACUGGGUUCAGGGAUUUUGGGGACUUCUCGCUCUCUCUCUGCACUGAGAAAAACAGCUCGCCUGUUCAGAGACACAGAGAGAAGGGAAAAAAGCUCAUGAAAUCGAGCGAGAUGUGGGGCAGGAGCGAGUUUGAGGACGGACUGGACGCUUUUAAAUCAGGUUCGAGCACAUCCUCUCCUGGAUGGGUCCCAGGCUGUGAUUCAGCAUGGCAGGGCUCUUCCUCCACCACUACCAGCAGUAAUCGUGGAAGACGUCACAGUGCCGCUUCGGACAGUGGUGACACGGGCAUAGGCACAUCCUGCUCUGACAGCGUGGAGGAUCACUCUAGCUCGAGUGGGACGCUGUCCUUUCAACCGCUCCGCUCUCAGGGCCCCAUCCCCACGGCCCACGUCAUGCCCUCCCCCUCCGCCUCCCGGCUCAGCGCCCCUUCAGCCCCCAGCAGCCCCUGGAGCAGCUGCCAGCUUCCCUCGCCCCUCGACAGCCCACUGGACAUGAAGGACCCCCGACCUGUCCGUCGCUGGUCUUCUCUCACCCGACUGAGUGGUCAGGAAAAAAGCAGUCCGUCUGGCAGAGCCUCCUACCGUGCUGACCCUCACGGCUCCUUGGACCGGGGCCUGCUCUACGGGUACCGGCAACAGGAACCCCUGAGCACAGACGCUCUACUAACCCAUGGCCUGCAUAAACUGUCCUCCACCAAUCCAGAGCUACCACGCUACAGGUAUGAGCUGGGCAGCAGCACCACUUUUGCCAGGACGGACUCGUCCUGCUCCUCUCCACUCAAGCCUAGCACGUUGGACCUGAGCUACAGUGCCUUACCAGAGAGCAAACCUACCACUUCAGGCUCCCUUUUGCUUCCCAGUCCGAGAGGCUCCUCACUGGGGCACCAGUCGGUAGGCGGUUCACCCAUCCAGCCAGCUGUGCGCACACAGAUGUGGCUGAGUGAGCAAAUGGAGUACAGGCCAGGACCUGAGGGCUGUGGACUCAAUGCCUGGCAACAGGAGCAGCAGCAGCAGCAGCAGCGUGACAGACUGAGGCAGGAGGCUGAGCUCACACAGAUGCUGGGUGGUACGGGUCUCCCUGUGAACACUCUGGUCAAGAUAAAGGAGGGGCUACUGAGACAGAGAGAACUGGAGAUUGACAGGCAAAAGCAGCAAAUUCUGCAGCUUCAUGCCAGAAUCAGGGAAAAUGAGUUAAGGGCACAGCAGUUUCUCCAGAACCAGAGGGGGCGCUGUGAAGAUCCUUAUCUGCUUAAAACAAAGGAGUGCCAGUACGACGGGCCUGUAUCUGGUCACAGUCCGCAGCCUCCGCUGACCGAGCGGAACACUCUGUGCUGUGAGAACGGUGAACUGGGCCGCAAACUGGCCACUGCUGAGUUGGAAGUCAUCCAUCUAAACGAGUUCCUCAAACAGAACACACAGAAGUACACAGAGGACAUAAAGAAACUAGAGGAGAAGAUGAAGACGCGUGACCGCUACAUCAGCAGUCUGAAGAAGAAAUGCCAGAGAGAGCAGGAGCAGAACCAGGAGAAGCAGCAGCGCAUCGAGACUCUGGAGAAAUACCUGGCUGACUUGCCCUCGCUGGACGAGGUGCAGACACAGGCCCAGCAGUUGGAGGAGGUGCAGGGUAAGGAAAAGGCACUGCUGGACACAGUGGCUCAGCUGGAGCGGAGCUUAGAGGAGAGCCGAUCCACGCUGCAGGAGAAAGACGUGCUCAUUGAGAGCCAGUGCAAGAGAGAAAAGGAACUGGUGGCUGCUGUUCAAAGUUUGCAAGAAAAGGUAGAGAAGUGUCUGGAGGACGGAGUGCGGUUGCCAAUGCUGGACCUCAAGCAGCUGGAGAGGGAGAACACACGUCUGCUAGAACAGCAGAGUCAAAAUAGCAAGCUGAUCGACAGCCAGAAGCAGCAGAUUGAUAAGCUCACACUGGAAUUGACGGCACUGGAGAAGAGGCUGCAGAAGGAGAAGGGGAUCACGCAGGAACUCCACUUGCAGCUGUCUGAGAGAGAGGAGGACCUGGAGUUGCUCUCCAAAAGCAAACACCAGAACCAAAGACAGGUGGAUGAUGGAGCGCUGCGGCCGUCACCGGGCCCCACGGUGCAGGAGGCGGGGCCUCUGCUGAAGGAGAUGUCUCUGUGUCUGCUGGAUUUAAAGGCUCUCUGCAGCAUCCUCACGCAGAGAGCCCAGGGCAAAGAGCCCAACUUGGCACUGCUGCUGGGCAUCAAAUCUAUGAGCUGCUCAGGUGAAGAAGGCGAGAAGCCGCCGGUGGAGGACAGCUUGCGGGCCAAGCUGCUGGAAGUGUGCCAGCUAAGGAAGGACAUUGACGAGCUGCGAACCAUCAUUUCCGACCGCUACGCACAGGACAUGGGGGAGAACUGCGUGACGCAGUGAAGCACCCCCUACAGUCCAGCCUGCUUUCCCAGGCCUCCCGUUCCCAACCACUGAGGACUAGAAGACAACAAAGGGAAAAAUAUUAAUAAUAAUAAUAAUAAUAAUAAAAGAGAAUCAGAGGUCUCUGACUACUGAAUGUUGGACCAAGCUGUGAAUCUAGUUUACGUGGGAGUCUUUGUAGCUUUGUGUUUAAACGCUCAUCUCCACUUCAGAUUGUUGAAGAUGGUCGUAUAUGAACUCUUUGAAAGUUUUUGAUGUAUAUUUAUUGGGAUCAUGGAUCACCUUCUUAGGUAUUACAGUCAGUGGACUUUGAGGAUUCUGUCCAGAUGUUCAGAAACAAUGCACAGCAAUGCAGUAGGAACCACAGAAAUAUAUGUUCUCUAAUGAGCCCUCCUUCAGCUGUUACAGUAAGGUGUUGGUGGAACGGUUAAUGCAGCUAUUUAAGUGCCUUGUCAUAAGAUGUUAAUGAUCCAGUUUGUUUCUUCUGUUGUAUCACAAACCCUGUCCAACGUUGACCAAAAGACAAGGUCCAUGUUCUUCAUCAACUGCUGGUUGCAGGUCAACACUACGGCAGAUUCACUUCCCACAUGUUUAACCGUCUUCCACUCAGCACCUUGUAUUCUGACUGUGAUGUUGCUCUGUGUCUCUCUCUGUGUGUUACUUCUAAACUGUUCUUCUAGUAGGACUUUAGGACUACAGUACUAAUAGCAGCAAUCCAGGCUCCUGAAAAGUUCCACAACCAGGAAGGAGGGUGCAGUUGGUUGGGUGGUUGGAUGGUUGUUUGGUUGCGGGAAAUUCACAAAAAGGGCCAACCAGAUUUAGGAGCAGGUUUGUUGAUUCAGAUUAAAAACUGUACUAGAUUUCAGGUAAAUCGCGGCAGGAAUUGUUUUUAGUUCUAGUGACAAAAAAAAUUUAAUCAGGAAAUACUACUCAGCAGUUCCUGAGCUAGUGAUGAGCUCAAUUACUGUUCUGGUCCUGAGGAUGUUUUUCCUCAUGAAGCUCCAAAGACGAGGAGGAGAAACACAGAUGUCCAGUUUUUUUUCCUCCCUCACAGAACGGGAAAAACGCACAAAGGAGUUUUAUAAACACCAUAAGAUAAGAAUACAUAGGAUUUACUAUAAAAUAACCUAGUAAAAAAACUAAAAACCAUCAAUGCAAAAAUGAUUCUCAGGUAUUUUCUAUAGACAGUGUUAAGACUCCACAGUUAAAAGUGGAAUUGCAUUGCUUUUAUUAUUUUAAAAAGGGAUUUUAACUCUCUGAGUUGUCUGGUCUUAAGAGUUGGAUCUUUUCAUGUUGGCCCCAUAUAAAAUUAUUUUUGUCUGUAAUAUAAGAAAAGUUCAGCGACUCGGUCAUGACAAUCUAUGCACAGGCAUUUGCAAGACGAUAAAUGUUUGUAAAAUAUUUAUUGAACCAAUGUAUUCCGCUGAUGUAUCUCUAGAUAGCAAUAUAACUGUUAUAUUCAGUAUAUUUUUGCAUGGGACUUAAACUAGGAUAUUUGUCAGUGUGUGCUAGGAUUGUCCAUCACGUGCAUGUCUGUGUUCUACCGCUCUUCUUAAACACUGUCCUGAUGGAUGGAACCUGUACAGAAUGGAUGAGAUCACUGAAGCUGGUUUUGAUACACACACACAGUGCUAUGCAACCUCGUAUUUACCAGCAUUCAGUACUAUAGAGUUAAGCAGACAUCGUUUUUACUGUGCCUUUAUAAAUCUAUGCAGCAAAGUCAGAAUCCUGUGUUUUUAAAGUAUAUGUAUGUCAGCAAGACUUCCAUGGUUGGCAUGACUUUGAUAAUGAAGAGGCAGAAGCCGUGUUGGAACCUGCUGAAAGGACGUAACCUCCACACAUUCUGAUGAAAGGCAUGCAGUCGUGUUAAGCCAUAGCCACAAACAAUGCAUAUUUCUACUCAGGCAAAGUGAGGCUGAAACCUGACGAGGAAUGUUCUUGCUGCAGCUCCUGGUUUAUACUUUACCAGGCGCUAUUAAAGUGAACAGGCGUGCGGAGUGGUGUACAGAGAUGGAGUGAUUGUAUUGCAGACGUGAGCAAAGGGAAGUGCACGGUUGUCAUGGCCGACUCUGAACUCACUGUGGGCUGAAGGCCACUGGCUGGCUUUACUGAACGGUAUAGACCUCACUGGGUUAAACUUAGUUUAAGCUUUUAUUUUUUCAGCUAGACUUUACAUAUGCCAAAGCUCUAUUUAUGUACCAACUUCAAAAGUAAAGUAUUUUUCCAUUUUGUACAAAAUUAAAAUGAAAAAAAAAAAAAAAAAGUUUGCUCUUCAUUUGUACAGAGAAUGAA